GUUUGUAAAAACCUGCCAGUCAUUUUGCAUUUAAUUCUAUUGGAAAAGCAAACAUGGCAGUACGUGUAAUAAACGACGAAUCACAUUUUCAAGCGGAGCUCUCCCAGGCGGGCAUACGUCUAGUUGUUGUAGAUUUUACGGCAACAUGGUGCGGGCCCUGCCAAAGAAUCGCGCCCGUGUUUGACACGUUUCCCAAUAAAUAUCCCAAAGCCAUAUUCCUUAAGGUGGAUGUGGAUAAGUGUCAAGACACCGCAGCUGGCCAGGGUGUCUCUGCUAUGCCAACAUUUAUAUUUUAUAGGAACAGAACCAAAAUCGAUCGUAUUCAAGGUGCUGAUAUAAUGGCUUUGGAGGCGAAAAUAGAGGAGCACAUUGGCACGGGUGUUGCCGAGGAAGCAGGCGAAGAUUACGGCCAAGGAUUGAUGGAGCUGAACACGUUCAUCUCGAAGCAGGAAUGCGAAUGCUUGAAUGAAUCCGACGACCACAACUUGAAGCAUGCUCUUACCCCGGCCGGAGGGUUCCUGCAGUCGGAUUGCGAUGAGCAGCUCAUCAUGUCGAUAACAUUCAAUCAAGCUGUCAAAAUACAUUCGCUUAAGUUCAAGGCACCCCCCAAAUUGGGUCCCAAGGAGGUGAAGCUAUUCAUUAAUCAACCACGCACCAUUGACUUUGAUUUGGCCGAAUCCAUGAGCAGCGUACAGGAUCUGACCUUGGCCGAGAAGGAGCUGGAGAAGGGCAAUCCCGUCAAUCUACGAUACGUGAAAUUCCAGAAUGUACAAAACAUACAGAUCUAUGUAAAGAAUAAUCAAUCGGGUGGCGACGUUACUCAAAUUGAUUACAUUGGCUUCAUUGGCUCCCCGAUUAUAACAACUAAGAUGACGGACUUUAAGCGUGUCUCUGGCAAAAAGGGCGAAAGUCACUAAAGCGCAUCGCUUGGCAUUCAAAUUGAACUUUUAGUGAUUGCUCCUCUUGUGCUUUCAACUUAAAAUUACACAUAACACCAUAACUAAGGAAAUGCAUUAACAAUGGACAACUAACAAAU